GUUGGUGGACCUGCGCGGAGCGAGACGCGUUCCAGCCAGUGUCGUGUCACGCUUGCCUGAAACGGAACGUGCCAGGCGUUCCACGUUCAAACUUUCGUGUUUCAUUCUACGGUAACAGUGAAGUGUGGUGAUGUGAUUGUGAUAGUUGAUUUUAUUUUGAAUUGAUUCGCAAUCAUCAGUGAUGACUCUUCGAUUUAUCAGAUUAUGAAGCGCCGCGAGCAAAGCCAGGUGCAGGCGCUAUGUGGAGUGCGACCGUGUUCUUACUCACACAGAUAGUCCUGUGUCAAUUUUCAACAGAAAACCCAACACAAGCAACGUUGGAAGACCAAACCGUGACGUCAUUCUACGCGCUCAGCACUGGCAUCGCGCCGGCUCCUGUCAUGUUGAAACUCGGCAAUUCCACCAUUGAUAGCACAAAAUCCUUCAAAGUUCCACAACCUCCCGAACCAACUGGAACACCCAUAACUUCACCACCAGGCUACCCUAAAGUAGACGUGGUGCCCCAUGUAGUGGCAGUAAAGAAUACAUACUUCGACCACGAUAGGAAGUACGGACCUACGUUCGAAGAUUCUCCUGAAGGGAAUAUUACGAAGACCACGGUGCAGUUAGGAGAUGAUGCUUAUUUAAAUUGCCGGAUAAGUCUGCUACUGGAUAAAACGGUGUCAUGGGUCCGACGUAGAGGUCGAGACGAGAUGCCAGAACUCCUCACCGUUGGCGCUGUGACCUACGCUGCCGACAGCAGAGUCACUGUCGCCAAGCGGUAUCCCGGCAACUGGAGACUGCUCAUCAGGGAAGUCAAGCCUGCUGACGAGGGCGUCUACGAGUGCCAGAUAUCCACACACCCGCCUAGAGUUAGCCGGACUUUUCUUCAUGUCAAUACACCUCAAGUAUACGUAGUGGACGAGGCAGGAGGACCGCUUGCAGAGAAGUUCUAUGAGGCUGAAUCCACCCUGGCCCUGGUCUGCAGGGCCAGGCAUGUGGAAACCCCUGCCGUGCUCACAUGGUUACACGAGGGAAGAGCAUUAAAUGCUGACACUACCAGAGGGGGUAUUAGCGUGAAGACAGAGCAAGUCGCUGGCGGUGCAGACAGCCUGCUUCGGCUAGCCCGUGUAAAUAGCAGUGAUGCUGGGAAUUAUACAUGUGCAGUGCGAGGGGCGAGGUCCCACACUGUGUCAGUUCAUGUGCUCAAUGAAAGCUUGGCGGAGCUACACGCUGGGUCCUCAAUACCGCCACCGUCAAAAAUAACUGUUAUAGCGUUAUUAAUAACGUUAAUAAUUAUAACGGAGUUACCGUUCUUUAUGAAUACGAACGCUGUGAUUUUAUUCGCAGCACUGUCUUGUAUAGUUCUGGCCCAAGGCCUGUGGUAUGAUCGUGUACUGGUAUUAUUGCCAACGUGAUAUUAUAGGUUAUGUAUAUACGAGUUUGUUUUUAAAAGAUAAUUAUAAAUAGUUACUGGAAAAAUAAAAUUUCAU